CACAUCCCCACGAGGCCCAAACCAAACACCGACCCGCACCGCACGUCUCCUCCCACACCUUUCCAAAUCAACCCCCCUUCCUCCACGCCGACCACUCCCCUCGCCGCCGCCGCCGCCGCCGCGCACUCUUCCCACGACCGCAUCAAUCCAUCCGUCGCGCUAGUGUUUCCGCUCGCCCGCCUCCCGGGGCCCCACCGGCCCGGCUCGGUUCGCUCCAGGGGCGGCUGCUCCGUGCUCUGAGCCACCCGUCGCCGCUGUAGCCCGCUGCUGCGGGGGUGCUCCGCGGUCGGCUGCCGCUGGUGUCGUGGUCUAGGGUUUUGGCUCCGCCAGGCGGAGGCGGAGGGUGAAUUGGGUUGGCGCGCGCAUGGGGAUGGUGCCCAACGGGCUCCUGCCCAAUGCGUCCGUCCGGGUGACACGGCGACUCGACCCCGAGCGCUGGGCGGUCGCGGAGGGCCGCACGGCGGAGCUGAUCGCGCGCAUCCAGCCCAACGCGCACUCCGAGGGCCGGAGGCUGGCCGUCUACCACUACGUGCAGCGGCUUAUCAUGAACUGCCUCUCGUGCCAGGUUUUUACCUUUGGUUCAGUACCUCUCAAGACUUACUUACCUGAUGGUGACAUUGAUGUCACUGCUUUUAGUAAUAGUGAAGAAUUAAAGGAGAUUUGGGCAAACCUUGUCCGGGAUGCAUUGGAGCGUGAAGAGAAGAGUGAAAAUGCUGAAUUUCAUGUAAAAGAAGUCCAGUAUAUUCAGGCAGAGGUCAAGAUUAUUAAGUGUCUUGUGGAAAACAUUGUUGUCGACAUCUCAUUUAAUCAAGUUGGUGGACUAUGUACACUAUGUUUUCUUGAAGAGAUCGACAACUUGAUCAGCCGAAAUCAUUUAUUCAAGCGGAGUAUCAUAUUGAUAAAGGCAUGGUGUUUCUACGAGAGUCGUAUUCUUGGAGCUCACCAUGGUCUUAUAUCUACUUACGCAUUGGAGACGCUGGUUCUGUACAUAUUUCAUAUAUUCAACAAUUCUUUUACUGGACCUCUUGAGGUUUUGUACCGUUUCUUAGAAUUUUUCAGCAACUUUGAUUGGGAGAAAUUUUGUUUGAGCUUGUGGGGCCCAGUUCCUUUAAGUUCACUUCCAGAUAUGACUGCGGAACCUCCGCGGAAGGAUAGUGGUGAAUGUUUGCUGAACAAGUCCUUCCUGGAUACCUGUAGUUCUGCGUAUGGAGUUAUGCCUCACACCCAGGAUAAUCUGGGUCAACCAUUUGUUUCCAAACACUUCAAUGUUAUUGAUCCGUUACGUACAAACAACAAUCUUGGAAGAAGUGUCAGCAAAGGCAAUUACUUUAGAAUACGCAGUGCUUUUGCCUAUGGGGCGAAAAGGCUUAGAAAGUUACUUGAAUGUCCAAAAGAAGAUUUAAUUGCUGAAUUGGAUCAGUUCUUCACAAAUACAUGGAUAAGACAUGGGAGUGGAAGUCGCCCUGAUGUGCCUAUUCCAAGUCUGGUUGAUGUGCAGCCUCUGAAAGUUGUUCCUUCUGUAUUGUCAAACAGUCACAGAAGUGUAACAGCAUUUAAGAAAAAAGUUGAAAAUCCUAAACUUCUCGCUAAUCAGGAUAAUCUUCAUGCGGAUCAAGAUUAUCUUACUGAAGUUGGUCAUGGUUAUCCUGAUCCUUCUUCUCAGACAAUUCAGAAAAGUGACCUACAUUGUCGUAAUCUGCCAAGAACAGUUAAUCCUUCUGUUUCUCAUUCUCAGCACCAAAAGGUGAAUGUAGCACAAGGAAAUGCCAAGGUCUCUGAACAGCUUGAAAGAAAUCACUCAGCUGGAUUGAUGCAAGCUGAAAGGGAUAAGAGAGUGCCAAAUGGUUUCUUUGUCAAUGACAGGAAUGGGCAAAACAGGUCUAGAUUUGCAAGAACCCGAUCUAGCCCUGAACUGACAGAUUCUUCUGCUGAAGGAUUUCGUGGUAGGGGGGCAAAUGUGGUUGGUAUGGAAAAACCUUCGAAGGUUGAUUACGGCAGCAGAAGGAAUAUCAUGGUUCCAGAAGUGUCUAGCAACCACAGCACUAAGUCUUCACAGGAUGAAUCAAUGUCUUCCUUGAACUCAUCUCACCCUAGUGCAAAGGCAGUCUCUGACUCAAAUAGUGUUUCCAGCAGCUAUCGUGAAGAUAAUGGUUUUGUUAUGAAUGAAGAACUUCCUAAUGUCUCUGAAUCACUGGAUAUGCGCCAUGAUGAACAAGUUCUGGUUAAUAUAAUGGAAUCCAUGAAGUUGCAUGGAUUCAAUGGACAGAUUCAAUUGCCAAUGCAAAUACCUUCUCAUCUGUCUGUAGCACAUUCCCAUUUACUGGCUCCAACAGGUUUUUCACAAAAGCAUCUGGCUGCGGUUCCACCAGCUAACUUAAUUGGGGCACCAUGGUUGCCCAAUAUGCAGUUCCUCCGUGGAUUUGUUCCACCACCAACCCAGUACAUACACAAUCCAACUUUUGCACCAAAUGUUGGAGAUGGUAGUGAGAGUGGGAAGCCUGUUGCAUCAGAUGCAAGUCAUGAUACUGGCAAAAGUUGGCAUGAGUAUGGUGUUGGAUAUUCUGGACAAUUUGGUUCUGAAGAGAAAGAUCCUUGCAUCUAUGAUAUUGAUGGUAAGGAACGCUCCUCUUUGCCUAAUGGUGUGCAUGUUGCCCCCUUGGAAAGGCAGACGGAAUUUGCUCGGGAGAAUAAUGGCGUAGAUGAUGAAACCUAUACCAGCAUGUUCCAACAUCAAGCACGUAGCGAAGCGAAUGGAGUUUACUCUAAGAGUAGUGGUUAUGUGAAUGUACCUUCUUCACAUGCCAUUUCAUCAAGAGGCAAAGCUCUGGAUGCAAGUUCGUGGGACGAAGCGACUGUAAAUACAACAAGAUCAUCUGCAGACAAUUGGGGAAAAAGACCUGCCUUUGCAGCACCCGCCACAACCACACAUGGCAAGACCAGUUGGCAGAUGGGAAAUGUCACUGAGCAUCUCCCAUCUGAAAUUGAUGAUGGCACCAGGAAUAUGACAGUUGUACCAAUCAUUAAUGAAGCUUCUGAGAUAGUAGCAGGGUCCGAUUCUUUUUCAACGCAAUCAAGAACUAGUCAAGUAGCAAAUGAUGUUGAUCCAUCACAAAUCAGCAUGCCUAAUCCAUUGUUUGCACCUUUUCUUAUUGGUUCCCCACAGCCAAGACAAGCUGAUAGCUCUGGACUGACUUUUGUUCCAACAGGUCCACUAGUUCCUUUUGUUGUGCUCCCAUAUGUUCCAGGGAAUAGCGAUGGGUCUGGUCCCCAGUUUGACAGAAGCGAAGGAAUUGAUCAGCUUCCUGCCAAUAUUGCGGGUCGAAAUUUUACCUCAACAGAAUCCAGUGCUACCUCAACAACAUCAUGCAGUACAAUGACUGAGCCAUCUGGAGAACACAAACCUGACAUCUUGAACAGUGAUUUUGUUAGCCAUUGGCACAAUUUACAGUAUGGGCGACUCUGCCAGAAUGCUCAUCCCCUAGGUCCUGUUCUAUACCCUUUUCCGGUUCCACAAAUGUAUUUGCAGGGCCAUGCUGCAUUUGAAGGGCCUGGAAGGCCACCUGCAGCAAAUGUUAACUGGACACAAAUGGUCCCCCCUGGUCAACGAGUGUUUCCUGUGAUGCCUCUGCAACCUGCUACGGAAAGAGGUACUGGUGUUCUCCAUAACUAUGGAGAGGAUGCACCCAGAUACCGUGCCGGAACUGGAACCUACUUGCCAAAUCCAGUUCCAUAUAGGGACAGGCACUCAAAUUCAAGAAACUACAGAGGCGGUUAUAAUGGUGACAGGAGUGACUAUACUGACAAGGAAGGAAGCUGGAUAAACUCAAAACAACGAAAUCCAAACCACAGCUAUGGACGUAGCCAGUCGGAGAGGGCUGGCAUGCGGUCUGAUAGACAGGCCAAUGAUGAGAGUCAGCCUGAUAGGCCACGGCGAACUUAUAGAAAUGACUCAUACAGGCAUGAGGCAAGCUCUCAAUAUCUUGUGCAGGGCCAAUCUUUUGGAUCCACAAGCUCUAUGCGCAGACAAGGGAACACAGUGCAUGGGGUUUAUACACCACAAUCUACAGCUUCAAAUGGUCCCAGUGCUUUAUCUGGCCCUCCAGGACCACCAUUUUUUAUGGUGUACUCAUAUGAACCAGGCACAAAUCAUGGUGCAUCCUCAUCUGAACCAAUUGAAUUUGGUUCUCUUGGGCCACUUCCCGGAGCAGAUGGUGAUGACAUACCACGGUCGGCACGCCAAGUUAUGCAUAAUGGUUUUUAUGGGCAAAGGCGUGGUCCAUAUAGGAGUGGUUCCUCUCAUUCCUCUCCUGAUCAACCAUCCUCACCUCAGCCUCGCAGCUGCAGGUGCUGCCAAGCCACCUCACCCCAAAAUGCCCGCUAGAACACGCGUGGACACGCCGCCGUCUGCCUGCCAAAAUACACGCCGUCGUCUACCCGCCAAAAUACAUGCCGCCACCUGCCCGAAAGGCAUGUCCGCUGGCGCAUCCAGCCAGCCAGAAGCACGCCGCCGCCAAGGAAACGCCCAGGAGCUCCAUGCCUCCCCGCUGCCAGGAGAUACCCUCUGCCCAGGAGCUCCUGCCAAAAUUUGUGGUGUUGAUGCUUGCUAUAUACCAUGUGUUGUAUAGUAUACAUAUCAUAUAGUAUACAUAUCAUAUCGGUCCUGGAUGUGUAGGACGACAGCUCGACUAAUCGGCCUAAUCGAUGACUAAUCUCGACUAAUCACCUUAUUGGUGCCAUGGCGACUAGGUUCGAUUAGACGACUGUAAAACAUUGGUUUAGUUUAAUUUUCGUUCCUCAGUGGAUCUUUAAUAGUUUAUACUGAGAAGAGAUCACUCUGCCAUGGUUACUUCGUCACAUUAUUGUUACGGUGAUAAUGGCCAGUAAGCUCAACUGCAUACAUUAUCAAUGUUUGCUCAUUUUCUGUCGCCUGUGGCCUUCAUGCGUCCAAACUAUUUACAGAGUGUAAGUUUGUUGAACUGAUGCCCAUAGCAGUCGCUAGUAAAUAGUUAAUUGGCGCCUGGUAUCCAGUUUCAAAGGUAGAAAUUAGCACGUAGCCACAUUAAACUAAUACCACAUCCGGGAAUAUGUUUGACAUGGUUAAUUAUGCCAUCAGCUAUGCAAUUUGCUACCAUGAAUUUAUUUAUGUAUUUACUUUUAAGUAUUUAGCAUU